AUGGGGAGGGGAAUUAGUCGCGGGUGGUGGUUGAGAAGGCGCCGGAGAGCGUUUAUGGCGAGGAGUUCAUCUAGCUCUGCGCUGCGAAAGCUAGGGCUCGGUUUUCUUCCGACUGCGUUUAUUCGUAUCUUCAUGAGAAUUGAGAGUUUUCAAAUUCACCUAACUGCAAUGUUCCUCACUGUGAUCGUAAAAAAAGAUGCAGAAAUUUCGUGCGAACCUGUGCUUGGAAAUUUGAAAUGCACCUCUGAUGAGUUUUCUGAUACUUAUGCUCAGAUAAACAGAAAUGAGUAUGGUGAUUUUGUUAGAAAUGUCAAUCAGCCACACUUCCCCUGUCUUGUUUGGGUUUGGCGUGAAGGUCAGGUACGAAUGCAUCUCUUCCACAAAUUGCUACCAAAGAAGCUGUAUCUGAUCAAAGUCAAUGAUCAGCCAUACUUUCCUUGUAUUCCAUGGAGGUCAGGGCAGAGGGCAGUGCAGUUUGAGCAAGGCCCCAUUAGGUCCACUCUAUGGUUUCCUAGGUGUGUCGAUUCCUGGGAGGUUUCUGGACCUCAGCACCCCGACCCACUUAAGCAUUCGUUUCUUUACCUGGAUCACAGAUCCUGGACCCCCUAUUCUUUUUCUCUCUCUCACUCACUCACUCACUCACUCUCUCUCUCACACAGACACACAUUCUACUGUCACUGGUUUCAUCUCCUCCAACUCCCAUUUCCAAUUCAUCAUUCUCAAUCUCAACCAACAAUGCUGCUCCUCCUCCUCCUCUCUCUCCUAGCCCUCCUCUCUCACUCCUCCUCAGAUCUGUCCGGCGACAGGGCCGCCUUACUGGCCCUCCGCUCCGCCGUGGGCGGCCGGACACUCUUCUGGAACACCAACCUCUCCACUCCCUGUAAUUGGGCCGGCGUCCUCUGCGAGGCCAACCGCGUGACGGUCCUCCGUCUACCGGCGGCCUCGCUCUCCGGCACCAUUCCGACCAACACCCUCUCCAACCUCACCUCCCUCCGCACCCUCAGCCUCCGCCUCAACCACCUCUCCGGCCCUCUUCCCGACGACAUCUCCGCCCUCUCCCAACUCCGGAAUCUCUACCUCCAGGGGAACCAGUUCUCCGGUCCCACGCCGGAGUUUAUUUUCUCACUCCAUUCCCUCGUUAGACUGAAUCUUGCCUCCAACAGUUUCUCCGGCGAAAUCCCGCCGGGAUUCAACAACCUGACUCGGCUGCGGACUCUCUAUUUGGAGAGUAAUCAGUUUACUGGAACCUUGCCCAGUAUCGACCUCCCGAAUUUGGAUCAGUUCAAUGUGUCAUUUAACAACCUUAAUGGAUCGGUGCCGAAAGGGCUUCAGGGUAAGCCCAGGGAAGCGUUUUUAGGGACUUUCCUCUGUGGGAAGCCUCUGGACAGUGUUUGUGCCGACAAUGCCGGCGAAUCUCCGGCAAUUCCGAAUGGGAGCGUUGAUUUGGGGAAGGGAGGGAGACGGAAGCUCUCCGGCGGUGCAAUUGCCGGAAUUGUGAUCGGAUCUGUGGUGGGGCUGCUUCUAAUUUGUUUAAUUUUGUUUGUUCUGUGCCGGAAGAGGAGCAGGAGCAAAGCCCGGUCUGUGGAUGUGGUGGCGAUCAAGAGCCAGGUGUCGGAAUCCGGCGAGAAGCCGAUAGCCGGUGACGCGGAGAACGGAAACGGAGGAGUGAGCAAUGGCUUUUCAGUUGCGGCUGCCGCAGCAGCUGCAUUGUCUGCAAAUGGGAAUUCGACUUCGAGUUCGAAGGUUGAAAAUGGAGCAAAUUCAGCUGCUGCUUCGAAGAAAUUGGUGUUCUUUGGCAAUGCUUCGAGGGUGUUUGAUUUGGAGGAUCUGUUGAGAGCCUCGGCGGAGGUUUUAGGGAAGGGGACAUUCGGGACGGCGUACAAGGCAGUGUUGGAAGUUGGGACUGUGGCGGCGGUUAAGAGGUUGAAGGAUGUUACGAUUUCGGACAAGGAGUUUAAGGAGAAGAUUGAAGUUGUUGGAGCUAUGGACCAUGAGAAUUUGGUGCCUCUUUUGGCGUAUUACUACAGCCGGGAGGAGAAGCUUCUUGUCUACGAUUACAUGCCGAUGGGCAGCCUGUCGGCGCUUCUCCACGGAAACAAAGGAGCUCGCGGGACGCCGUUGAAUUGGGAAGUCAGGUCCGGCAUUGCCCUCGGAGCUGCCCGCGGGAUCGAGUACCUUCAUUUCCAGGGCCAAAACAUUUCUCACGGCAACAUUAAAUCGUCAAACAUCCUCCUAACGAAAUCCUACGAAGCUCGAGUCUCGGAUUUCGGAUUGAACCACUUAGUCGCCCCCUCAUCCUCCCCUACCCGAGUUGCCGGCUACCGAGCACCCGAAGUGACCGACCCUCGCAGAGUUUCCCAAAAGGCGGAUGUCUACAGCUUUGGUGUAUUAAUCCUGGAGCUUCUCACGGGGAAAGCGCCUGCGCACGCCCUUUUGAACGAAGAGGGAGUCGACCUGCCGAGAUGGGUACAGUCGGUCGUACGGGAGGAGUGGACGUCGGAAGUGUUCGAUCUCGAACUCCUCCGGUAUCAAAAUGUCGAGGACGAAAUGGUCCAGCUCCUCCAGCUUGGAAUCGACUGCACGGCGCAGUAUCCCGAUCAGCGGCCGUCGAUCUCCGAAGUGGCGAAUCGGAUCGAAGAGCUUCGGCGUUCGAGUUUGCGCGAAAACUACCAAGAACAGCCAGAUCAGGUGAGCGAAACGGAGCGGGACUGAGGCGAAAAAAGAAAGAUUGAAUCCUGAAGAAGAGGAGAGAAGAAAACAGGUUUGCAUUAGUUUUUGUUGAAUUGAGCAAAUAUAUUUGUUGUUGUUUGUUUGUUUGUUUGUUUGUUUGUUUGUUGCAUUGCAUGAUUAUUUGGCAAUUUCUGUUCUUCUUCUCUUGAA